UUUACUCAAAUACACAAAUAUUAAGAAAAACUACUUUUUAUCAAAAUCAUCACUAAAUUAUAAUAUAAAAUUAGUUUAUUUAAUUAUAAAUAAAAACUAAAAAAAUCCAAUUGGUUACACAGUUUUUAAUAAAGUUAAAAUUACAUAGAUUUGUGCAAACUUCAUCUAUUAUGAAACAACAAAACUUCUCUAAAACAUCAAGUAUAUUGAAACGGAGGGAGUAUAUCAUAUAGAUAUUCACAUGAUGAAAAACACAAAUCAAGAAACUCCAGUUAUGUCUUCUUCCACUUUCGUCUUCCUUUUCCUUUUAUCCUUUCUCACUAGCUUCAGAGCCUGUGCUCAAAAUCCUACUUACGUAUACCGUAUCUGUCCUAAUACCACAACUUUCUCAAGAAACAGCACUUACUUGGCCAAUCUCAGAACCCUUUUGUCUUCUCUCUCUUCUCCCAACGCUUCCUACGCCACCGGAUUCCAGAACGCCACCGUCGGGCAACCUCCCGACAGAGUCACCGGACUUUACCUCUGCCGCGGAGAUGUCACGCCGGAAGUUUGCCGUAGAUGCGUCGCCUUUGCCGUCAACGAAACCUUUACUCAGUGUCCGAACGCGAGAGAGGUGACGCUCUAUUACGAAGAGUGUAUGCUCAGAUACUCUAACGGGAAUAUACUCUCGACCCUGAACGCCAAUGGAGAAUUUAGCAUGGAAAACACCCAGAGUAUUACAUCGAACCUAGUUCGGUUCACAGAAUUGGUCUUGUCCACGAUGAACCAAGCAGCCACCGUGGCAUCCAACAGUUCUCGGAAGUUCGAUACUGUAAAUGCUUUCACUGAUUUUCAGACUUUGCACGGACUGGUUCAGUGCACUCCUGAUCUGACGAACCAAGACUGUUUGGACUGUCUAAGCCGGAUCAUCAAUCAGUUGCCCACUGACAGAAUCGGGGGAAGAGUUAUGGUGCCGAGCUGUUUUUCGAGGUUCGAGCUUUACCUGUUUUACAAUGAAGCCGCCGCCGAUCGAACACCUCAACCUCAGCUCAAUUCAGCUCCUCCUCCACCACCGCCAAUUUCAAUUCCUUCACCACGGCCGGGAGAAAGCGGAAACUCCACUGUCAUAGUCAUCGCUGUUGUUGUUCCAACCACUGUUAUUUUUCUGCUUCUCGUAGCUGUUUUAAUUUUUCGGGCAAAGAGAAAAACGACAGCUUAUGAAACUGAACCACUAGCUGAUGGCGACGAUAUCGCAACUGCAGGCUCACUUCAGUUUGAUUUUAAAGCAAUCGAGGCAGCAACCGAUAAGUUUUCCCAAGAAAACAAACUCGGCCAAGGUGGUUUUGGCCAAGUCUAUAAGGAUAGAAACAAGAUGGGAGAUUCAGUACCUCUAAAACUAGCACUGCCAGAGCUGAAGUAUCCUAUUGGUUCACAGCCAAAAGAAAAGUCAGCAAUCAACCAAUACUCUGGUUCAGAUUAUAUCUCUAUUGUCAAAAGCAUCCUAAAACCAGAUGAGAUGAUAAGAGUCCGAGGAUCAUUUCUGGGACCUGUAAUGAAGCUCAGUGAGAGAGGAUUGAAGUUAUCAGCAAAGAUAGUCUACGCCAUUCUCACUAGAAGCAUCGUUUCUGUCAAGGAGAAUGAAGCCUGGUUCCAUUUCGGUGCGCAGCCAAUGAGGUUCUCUAUAAGAGAAUUUCAUAUGAUGACAGGCUUGAAAUGUAGUGGUGCAUUAGAAGGACCACGAAGGGAAACCGAGAGAUUUAAUUGGGAAUUGCUAAAGGGGCGUAGUCAUAAGUUAAGUGACGUGGUGGACCAGCUCAGAAACACAAGAGAAGAUGCUUCUGAGGAGAGAAUAUGCCUCGCAAUGCUCAUCCUGGUAGAGAGCAUAUUAUUGCGGAAGAGCAAAGGAGGGAGUUUUCCUUUGGAAUAUGCGAAAAAUGCACAGGAUAUGACAUAUCCAUGGGGAAAAGAGGCUUACAUUGUGCUCCUGAAGUCAAUUCAAAACGCUGUCGCGAAUCAUUUGGAGAAUAAAUCCAAAUUUGAGUUGCAAGGUUAUCCUCUAGUAUUCCUUCUUUGGAUACUAGAGUCGAUUCCUUUGCUAAGGAAUAAGUUCAGUAAGUGUGUACCAACAGUUGAGGUUCCUGGGCCGACUUACUUGUGUGAAAAAUACACUGAGAUAGAGAAUCCAUCACUUGAUAGGGUUUUACAGGUUGAAGCUGAUACAAAGCUGAAGGUCCAUUGCAUACUACCUUCUAUUCCUCAUGAUCCAGAAGAUGAUAUCUCCAUUGAAGACAAAUAUAGUGACGAGUUGGAAACAGUGAAAGAUGUAACAAAGAAAGGGUACAAGAUUACAGCCGAUGACUGGGAAAAUAGGUGUGUAGACACAUUUGACACAUUGGAUGCUCUUAUUCAAAUGAUGGCAAAUAAGGAGACUGGCCAAGCUUCUACUCCGAUUGAUGAGGAUUCAGUAAAUGAAAAAGUGAACAGGAUCAUCACGGUAAUGGAGGAGAAUCUGAAGAGCAUGAAGGAUCGAAUGUCAUUACUGGAAGAAGAAAACAUACAUCUUAGAGCUCGUGUGUCAGAGUUGGAAGGAAACAGCAAUGUUUUUCCCACUAACGUGACACAAAAGCGAUCCAGUGGGACACCUUUAUCUCCAAUGUCUCACACGCAACCAUCCAGUGGGACACCUUUAUCUCCAAUGUCUCACACGCAACCAUCGAGUGAGACACCUUUAUCUCCAAUGUCUCAACAGCCUAAUUUGACACAUGAGGAGACAAUGAUUGAAUCAGCUGCAUCUCCAAAGUCUCAACAAAAUGAGGAUUACACGCAAUCAUCGAGUGAGACGCCUUUAUCUCCAAUGUCUCAACAGCCUAAUUUGACAAAUGAGGACACAAUGAAUGAAUCAGAUGAUGAAACUCCUGCCCUUGAUACUCAAGUAUUCUCUCCUAAUCUGACAAAAGAGAAAGAAACAGAAACGUCUACCGGUGAGAGGCCAUCCAAUCCUAAUCAAGAUGGAAAACCAGAUGAUGAGAUUGUGAGAGAGAAAUUAACAAGUGAGUCACCUGCUAGUCAGAGUCAAGUUUUGCAGAAAGAAACAGUAGAAAUGAAUGAGACACCUUCUUCUCCAAUAGCUCCAAAGAGUAUUGAAACUCCCGUUUAUACUCCAAGUCAGACUCAGCAGAUUGAGAGAGAGCCAUCGGAUGACACGCCUGCCCUUGAUACUCAAGUUUUUACUCCUAAUCUGACAAAAGAGAGGGAAACACAAACCUCUACUGAUGAAACGCCACCCAAAACUAAUCAAGGAGAAGGAAAACCAGAUGAUGAGAUUGUGAUUGAGUCACCUGCUGCUCAGACUCAAGUUUUGCAAAAAGAAACACUGGAAAUGAAUGAGACACCUUCUUCUCCAAUAUCUCCAAAGAGUAUUGAGGCUCAAGUUUUUACUCCAAUUCAGAAACAGCAGACGGUAACAGAGGAAACGUAUGAGGCUACACAGCCAUUGACUGAGAUCAUUUCAGCAAACAAUAAAAAGGAGGAUACACAUGCUGUGCAUUACAGACCUUCCUCUCCAUUGUCUUCACUAAUUGCACUAGUUAUUGAAGAAAAUAAGAAUGCUUUGAGUGAGACAGAAACUGCGACCCAAUAUUUUUCUACAAGUGAAGGAGAGCAUUCACAAUCAAGCAGAAAGAAUCAAGCGGAAGAAUAUCUCAAGGAUACUACAGAACCUACUACUGAGCUAGUUUCCACAGAUGUUUCGAAGACACAGCCUCUUACUCCGCAAACACAGCACCUUCAGACAAGUGAGGGAGAUCAAUCCGAUGAGACACCAUCAGAGCAGAAUCAAGCAGAAGAAAAUCUCAAGGAUACUACAGAACCUACUACUGAGCUAGUUUCCACAUAUGUUUCGAAGAUGCCGCCUAUUACUCAGCAAACAGAGCAUCUUCAGACAAGUGCUAUAGAUUUUUCAGAAAAAAACGAGGUUGAAGUAAGCAGGCUUCUAGCUCACUUUCAAAUAGGCGCAGAGGUUGAAAUUUUGUCUACUGAUGACGAAAUAUGGUAUCCAGGAAAGGUUGUUGAUCUUAAACUGUGUGAAGGACUAGAGGAGCUGACAGUUGAGUACACGACACUCUUCACAGACCAACAUAGACUUCAGAAACUUCAGGAUACUAUCACGGCUGACAAAAUACGUCCUGCAACACCAACUAGUGACCAAAAAUCCUUUGAGAUGAUGGAUAAGGUAGAAGCCUUCUACAACAAUGGCUGGAGCAGCGGACAAAUUAGCAUGGUACUUGGUGAUAACACAUACUCGGUGUGUCUCUAUACUUCUAUGGAAACUAUUCUAUUCAAACAUUCAGAUUUGCGAAUUCAUAGAGAAUGGAAAGAUGGAGUCUGGAAGAUGGCAGAUAAGGUGAAGCCUGAUAAGAAAAGGAAAGCUGCUGCCUCAUCACAAAAUUCAGGAAUGGAUAAUGUUUUCCUAAGAAGGAGCGAGAGGGUGCCUAAACGAUCUAGAGACACAAAAACUCCAUUCAAGUCUGACAGAAAUCCGGCUUUAACUGUAAUACCUGAGAUUAUACCUGCAGUUGAUCCGUUUUCAACUCCUGCGGAACAUAAGCUUUCAAGGCUUCAAAAUUGGAUGACAUUAAAGCCCGGCAUGCAUGAAACGUCCCUAUCAAUCAAUGAUAAUAAGAUAAGGAAAUCUUUCUUUCAAAGCAUGGAAAAUGCAAAAAAGGACCUUAAGAAAGAGCACAUUGAUGGAGCCUUUGCAAUGCUAAAUUGCAGAAGAAAUGAGAAUGCUGCUUGGUUCCACAACUACAAGAUUCCAAAGGCGUGCUUCCUACCUAUGGAGUUCUUGCAUUGCUUGCUCUCUGAUGAUUUGGCUUACAAGAAAGAAAAGGUCAAAGGUAAAAAGAUUUUCAACGAUUUAUUUAAAGAUACUGUGAGAGGGAAGGUAUAUCCAGAGAAGACAUGGGGAGAAGAUGUUGAUGUUGUGUAUGGGAUUACUCUUGGAAAAAAAAGCAAUGUCUGGAUUGGGAUGGAAAUUCAUUUGAAGAAGAAAAGAAUCACAGUAUAUGAUUGUUUUCAAAAGGAAAGCAACAGCAUUGAUAUUCCUCAAGUGAAAAAGUUGGCAGUGUUGAUUUCUAAUCUGCUGGUGGAAUCUUCUGGUGAUGAGGUAGAUAAGGUGAAGAUGAUUCCAUUUGAGAUUGAGCAGGCACAAGGUUUACCCAAGACAAAACAUCCUUUCAACUGUGGGAUAUUUCUUGUCAAGAUUCUGGAGUGCCAGUCAUUGAAGAUAGGAGACAUGACAAAGAUUAAUGAUGACAAUGCAUUGGAGCUAAGGAGAACCUUGUCUUGUGAGAUCUUCAACCAAUUUGUGGAUGAGAGCUUUGGGAAAUGAGAAUGAUGCAUGAAAACAUUUUUUGUUUUAGUUAAGACUCGGUUUUAGUUAUGACUGUUUAUUUUGUUAUGUUGUUGGCGUCUGGUUACAUAAGAAAGAUUGGAAGGAUAUCAAGUAUUUUAUUUGGGUAUCAUAUAUCUUGGAAGGUUAAAAUAUUGUUUCUGGAUGGGUUUCCAGAAAAAAAGUUAAGUGUUUCAAAUGUAAAAAAGAAUGAAAUGAGAUUAUAUACUAAGGAUUGGACAUGUA